AUGCACCCCUCCAAAAACUACUACUACUACUACUACUACUACUACUACUACUACUACUACUACGACGACGACGACGACGACGACAGAAAUGGCAAUCCUCCUCGCCUACAACAUCACCGCCGAAUCGCUCUCCAAGCAGCCACAGUCACCGUCACACACACCGCGCACAAUGCCCUACCCCCUCACCCCCGCCCCUCGCCCCCGCGCCCGCUCUCUCCCGCGCCAAUACUCCUCCCACCACCACCACCACCACCACCCCCACCUUCCACAAGCACAUCCUCCACCACCACCACCACACCCCUCCCCAUCCCAAAAGGAAGGCGAAUCACCCACACGCCAAUCCCCCUCCCCCCUCCCACCACCACCCCGAAAGAAGAAGAAGAAGCCGACAACGACGACACCUCCGACCUCGACCCCGAAACACGCUUCAACACGCAGUUCAACACGCGGCGCUGCGCCGCCGCCGCAGUGCCGUUCGUGUCCUCGGCCGCAAAGAAGGGCAGGAAGGGGAAGCGGGUGGGAUUCAAGCGGGAGCUGGCGACCGUCAUUCCGCCGCCGUGCACGGACUUGGUGCUGUAUGGGCAGCGGCCGCAGAGGUGUAGGGAGGGGGGGAAGGGGUGGGUGUGGGUGGAGUGGGUGGUGGUGGUGGUGAUGGUGAUGGUGAUGGUUAUGAUGGUGCGGGUGCGGGGGGUGGGGGUGGGGGUGGGAAGGGAGGGGAGGAUGGGACUGCGGGUGGGGAGGUAG